UGGAAGCGCUGUAUUGAUGUCUGGUCCGUGUGCAGUAUUCAACGGGGUCAUUUUGGAACCCCCUACAAAGCUCCGUUAUUUGUGCAUUGUGGGUCAUUCAGGGUCAAAUUAGAGAUAAUGAUCGUUACAUGUAGCUGUACUUGACAAAGUGAUGGUGUUUUUCAGGGGAGGACAUGAACGGAUACCAUGGUUUGAUGCGUAACCUGAUAAGAUGUCUCGUCGUAGUAUUGAUACUGCGAUCGCAAGAUGGACUAAAUGCAGAAGCCACCCAGUACCGCUUGGACUGUCCCGCAUUACACGUGGCGCUCUCAACGGACAUUAGCUUGGAGUAUACACUCUCGGGAGAAGUAGAGAACGGAUUUGUGCAACUCUACGAUGUUGCGCAAAACGAGGAACGCAACAGGAAAGAUCUUCCCGCGCAAACUCAUGGAUUCUUGAUAUACGACUGUAGCCUGUUCGAUCAUGUUGGGAUCUUCGAAUUCCGUCUUUACGACGAGGAUUAUACCUUGCUCGGCCAAAGCUGCACCAUUGACGUGCAAUGGCCAUCUGUGGAGUUUAUUCACGAUAGGACGCACGUUGCUAUGACGACGGGUGUCACGGCAACCAUGCGCGUCCGUACCCCUGUCUGUGGAGUUUUGAAUUAUAAUCGGUAUGAGACUAUUGUUAUUGUGGAAUACGUGGGGACGAAUCACUCAACAGCUGAGCAGUACGGUACACCCGUUGCGCAGUACAACACUGGUCAAAUACAGCGUGUCGGCAAUGCUGAGUUUGAGUGUAAAUAUUUUGACAGGGCUGGGUUGUAUCAAUUCGUCAUGCUGUCAUCAUACGGGGAUUACGUCAGUAACGAAUCUGUGAUCGCCAUAAGCUCGUUUCUUCAGGUACAAUGGAGCGACAAUUAUCACAUACAUAUGCAAAUGCCGACAAUUUUUCCAUGCGAUUACGCCAUCACCGUCGGCUACACUACACCAGCUUGUAAAAGUUCAGAUGACAAAAUUCGGGCAUUCGCACAGAGGAUCCACUCGGAGCAUCUGGCGCCACAACUGGAAUACUCAUCGGAGCGGAGAGUGUCAGCGGACGCCGAGUCGGUUGACUUCACAUGCGAAGCGUUUGAUUUGGAUUCUACCAUAGUCGGGUACUGCUUUAAGUACGUAAGCAUCACCCAGACCGGGGCCGUCCACGAACAGACUCAGGCAUGUGUGUCCAACAGUUUACAAGAAGGGCCUUCUGUGAAUGGCAAUUGGGGCGGAUGGUCUCCUUGGACUAACUGUCCUGUGACAUGCGGUAGUGGAGUGUUGAGUCGUUACCGUCUGUGUAAUGAUCCGGCGCCUAUGAACGGCGGUAUGGGUUGCCAAGGAGAAAGACUAGACCAAUCAGAUUGUGAGGGUUUGAAUUCUUGUCCAGCGAUGACAACCGGUGUAGCUGGUAACCUCCCGGAUGAUGACGAUUGUUCAUGUGGGUGUAAACUGCUUACAACUCAAGGCACCAUACGGUCUGCUAAUCUGCCCUGUGGGCAGAACGCUGUGUGGAUUAUCAGUCUCUCCGAUGGCCUGAAAAUCAAUCUCACUUUUCACAAUUUUGACCUCGAUCUGUCACGUGAGUGGCUUAAGGUGCGUAAUGGUGGGUCGGUGACAGCGCCGCUGAUAGUCUAUCAUACAGGUAACCGGGCACCCAGACCAGUUAUGUCGUCCAGGAGUCAACUUUACAUCGAAUAUAAAUCUGCAGUAGAUGAGCCUGUUCCACGGACGGGAUUCAGCGCUUCCUACUCAUCUUUCAAUUACACAACUAAACCUGCACCACCACUGCUGACACCGUCUACAGGAAUGUCUACCGAAAAUAUUGUGAACAGUGUUGUCACUGUUGUGGGCAUAGCCAUCUGUGGUAUCAUCAUCAUCACCAGCAUUGCUUUCGCCUUACACGCUCGGGCGAGGGUUCAGAAGAAGCGACGUGACAGAAAUAUGGGCUUGAACAGUGGAGAGUAUAUGGGACACAAUAUGAUUGACACCUCACAUGGAAGUGCCAGUUGGAAUUUGGAAGUGUCAUCGACUGGACAGAGUCUGCAAAGGCUAUUCCAUGGACCCACAUCAUCCAUGUCUGAGGUUUCCACCAGUACCAUGCGCAAGAUGCGAGAUAGGAGCCAUCUAUACAAAGUCGCGAAAGAAAACGAGGAGCUGAAACCUGGAAUACAUUACACGUCGCCUUAUCAUGACUCGUCUUACACGAGUAUUUCUAGAAAAAGCAAUGAAACACCAGUCAAAAUUUCAAGCCCAUCCCAUAGUCCAAAGCAUCCAAAAAAAAGCAGACAACAUUCCAGGAACGCAUCAUCUCCAUAUCAUUUGGGAGGUAGGAAUGGUUCCUUAAGCGGCAGCAGUAGGCACAGCAGCGGUAGAACAGAUAUGAACACAACAACAUUAGCCAUACGAACACCAGAAGAGUAUGCAGUCAGGGGAUACAGUGUAAUGGGAAGUGAGGCUACAUUCAAUCCAAAGCAUGUUAAUAAUCGAGCAGACUAUCGGAACAGUAAAUCUUCCAGGGAGAUGAAAUCUAGUCGACACAGUGACACGAGUAGACCAAGUAUGACAAGUGAUGCAAACUCAGCUCCAUAUGUUAACAGAGAAGGCAAACUAACCCCAUUAGGUAUGGCAGUGGCUAGGAAUAUGGAUGACGACCUUAGUCCUACUAAACCAGUGCAACAGAAGAGUAAUCAAAGAGAUCAACGAGAUUAUUAUGGUUCCUACCCUAAAAAGAGAGAGCAUGGUAGUGGUAGUGGUAAAAGGAGAGGAAGUGAUCGUGAUCGUAGUCCUGGUUCGAGGUCUGGUGGCAGUGGUAGACAUAGGAGAUAUAAUGAUCGUGAUCGCACCCCACCCCGUGAGAGCAGGGAACAUAACUCUCGUGGCACAAGAGGUAGAAUUCUUCCUGAAGUACAGGGCCGUGAGGCCCCACGACCAGCAUUUUAUGAUCAUUCUCAUGAAAUGAAUGGACAUCAUCGAAACAAUGCUAUAAAAUCACCAUUAAGAGAAAAACAAAAACUUAAGCGUUCUGGAAGAUCAGAUAAAAACGCUGUUAGGAACAUAUCUCGUAUGUAUCGCUCAGGCUCUUCUGACACUGCCGAUGGUCGAAGCAAGAAAGUUGUUUCUCCCGAUCCCUGGCAAUACCGAGAGAAUAACCACACUCCACAACCAGAAGAGGAAAAACACACACAGGAGCUAUUGUGGAGAAUAAGGCAAGGACAGCCAAGUGAACAAUUCCGACUUAGUUAUAUAACCUCGUCUGAAAGCCUGCCAAAAAAUAGAGUUGGUGGACCACGAAGCCCCGACUCUGAAGGUGAUGUUCUUAGUGAUCCGAAUCCUAGUAGGUAUAAUGAUCCUAAGCCUUUAGAAAGGAGGACGUUGUCAGCUGGCAAUACACUUAGAACAACUAGUCCAGAAAAUAUUGUACCCUUCAUACCUAGUCAUGUUAGCAAAAAUAGGAGACCCGAUACGCCAUCUUCUCGAUCGCGGACAAGUAGUGGACCUGGAACGCCUAGAAGAUUGCACAAACAUGGACAGAGCGAUUUUUCAAUCUCCCAGGAGGAGUACGAAUAUGACGACUAUAUGCCGUCGCUGCCAGGAUCGUACUUCAACAUGGAGCCUGUCUACCACCAUUAUCAAGAUAGUUUUAAACCUGCAACUCCUGGUUACAACGUCAAUGACAAUCUUGAUUCAAUAAAUGCAAACUUCCAGCCGCCAACCAUCUGAACGUCGUGCAUCAUUGUGUACAUCUCAUUGUUGUUCAGCUGUGAGGUGUGCUAAACAUGGCGUGACUGCAAAGCUGAGAAGUAUAUUCUCGAAAAAAGUACAUUUGUGAAAUUAAACGUUUUAGAAUGUAUACUUCAUACUACAUUCAUAGGUUAAUGAGCACCUAUUUAUCCUGCACCAGAUUUACUUGACUCGACGCGCAUUUUAUUCUCCGAAAUACGCGCAUCUCCGUCGCUAUUAAACUUAAAAUUCUAGAUGUUAGUAAAUUUGUAGAUAUUACAAUUUAUCAUUGAUGGCGUGUAGGCGAUCGUCAUAAUGUGAAGGUAAAGUGUCUUUUGUGUAUGAAAAAAAGAUCACCAUUCCAUUACAGUGUUUUUUUCUACCGGUAAAGUUGUCCAUGGUACUUAAGUUCGUCGUGAUGAAACUCAUAUGCACAACUUAAACUAUACCGCGUCACGUCUAAGUUAAUCCGUUGUGCGUUUAAGUAUGGUAUUUUGACAUACUAGUAGUUGCUUCCUUACAUUGUACAUAGUAGGUUCACUGUGGUAGCUAGACUCGUAUAACAGAGGGAGACCGUUGUUGUGAUACCAGAUAAUCGUCGUGCAUCUGUGUUAUAACCGUGCAAAUGACAUUGGCAGGACGAUUGCGCUCCAACAAACUUGUUAAAUUGUGUAACAUUUGUAUAGGACUCGAGUGAUGUAUGUGACGUAACUGACGCAAUCUUGACGUCAUCGUAAAUUGAUUUCCCGGUGUACUAUAUUAUAGCAGAUGUAUUUGAAUUUUUAAGUGUAAAUAAUGUUAGUAUUAUUCCUCAGAAAAUGUGCAGAUACCGUAAGUUUGCAUUGCGCAAUUUAGACCACUUGUAUAUUUAAAAAGUACAAUUUAAAAUUUGAUUAUUUAUUUGUAUUACUUCCCUCCCCCUCCCCCCUUUUCCUUCGUUCGCCAAUACGCUCUUUGUGUGACAGAGAUCUCCCUGUUUUUGCCCGGCUCAAAGGGCACCUUUCUGUACGCCCAUUCGUCGAUUUUCAAAGACAAAAACAUCUUUAGUUUGACUCCAAACAGAUGGAAACUUAUUUAAAACUGGGCUCGUCCUGCAGAUAAACAGUUUGCUAGCAACCGACUUACAUGGCCGUGUCAGUGUAACUUAAGACAACCGCAUUCUUUUAUUGUUGUAUUUUUUUACCCUGUAACUGUAAUAUUACGGAUAUUUGUCUUCAUCUUUAAUGAACUGAAAAUUGAAAACA